AUGGCGCCGCCGCACCCGCAGGAUGAAGUCUACGCCGAGUCCAUGAGCGAUCCGUCGGCCUUCUGGGCGCGCCAGGCCGCCGCGAUUCACUGGCACAAGCCGCCCACAUCCACUUUUGUGCGCUCGACGAAGCGGCUGGACAACGGCGUCGUCCACCCGCACUGGACCUGGUUCCCCGGCGGCGAGAUCUCGACGACCUACAACUGCAUUGAUCGGCAUGUGCUCGCUGGCCGCGGAGAUGCCGUCGCCAUCUUCUACGACUCGCCCGUCACGGGCGCCAAGGAACGCAUCACAUAUGCACAACUGCUGCAGGAGGUGGAAGUGCUAGCGGGCGUCCUACGGGAAGAGGGCGUGAAGAAGGGCGACGUAGUGCUCAUUUACAUGCCGAUGAUUCCGGCGGCCCUGUUCGCCAUGUUGGCCGCGGCCAGACUAGGCGCAAUCCACGCCGUUGUGUUCGGAGGCUUCUCUUCGCCGUCCCUCGCCCAACGCAUCGAAGCAUCCGAGCCGAAAGCGGUCUUGACGGCUUCGUGUGGCGUCGAGGGCACAAAGGGUCCGCUAGACUACCGGCCCCUCGUCGAGGGUGCGGUGCAAAAGAGUAGCUUCAAGCCUCCGAAGAUCAUUGUAUGGCAGCGCGAGCAGCUGAGAUGGGAUCCCAUCAUUAAGGAAAAGGGGGAACGUAAUUGGCAGAGGCUUGUAAAGAGCGCUAGGAAUAGGGGCAUCAAAGCAGAAGCGGUACCAGUCAAGUCAAAUGACGGGCUUUACAUAAUCUACACAAGCGGUGAGUCUUCCGAGCAAUCCCCCAAGCUCUCCGAGACGACACCAGAACAAAAGUCGAGAAAGUUCCAAAUUCCCAGAACGACGGGUCUUCCUAAAGGCGUGCUUCGGGAAGCGGGUGGCCAUGCCGUUGGUCUCAACUUCUCGAUAAAUUAUAUGUUUGGUCUGCACGGCCCAGGCGAUGUGAUGUUCAGUGGAUCGGAUAUUGGCUGGGUCGUCGGUCACUCAUAUAUUGUCUAUGCUCCCCUGCUGGCGGGAGCAUCAACAGUGCUUUUUGAAGGCAAGCCCGUCGGAACGCCCAAUGCGGGCACGUUCUGGCGGAUCGUCGAAGAGUACCAGGUCACGACCAUGUUCAUGGCCCCCACGGCGUUGCGUGCCAUCCGGAGAGAGGACGGAGACCACGGCCACUUUGAGAAGGUCGGGCAACGAGGCGGUCUCAAGAGCUUGACGGGGCUGUUUUUGGCAGGAGAACGAAGCGAGCCGAGCAUUGUGAUGAUGUACCAGCGGCUGCUGUCGAGGCACUGCGCACCCAACGCCGUCGUCAUCGAUAACUGGUGGAGCUCAGAGACGGGCUCGCCAAUUUCGGGGCUGGCGUUGAAUGCAGCAGCUGGCAAGCAGGCAAGCGCAGGCGAGCAGAGGCAGACGAAGCCACUGCCGAUCAAGGCCGGGGCGGCGGGAAAGGCGCAGCCCGGGUUCGAUGUGAAGAUAGUCGACGAUGACGGAAUGGCCGUCGAGCACGGCAUCAUGGGGAACAUAGUGCUGGGCAUUCCUCUGGCACCUACCGGGCUAACGACGCUAUGGAAGGACGAGCAGCGCUUCUACAAAGGGUAUAUGCUUAGGUUUAACGGGCGGUGGAUCGACACGGGUGACGCGGGCAUGAUUGACGACGAAGGAUACGUGCAUGUGAUGUCGCGGGCCGACGACAUCAUCAACGUCGCAGCACACCGUUUCAGCACCGGCGCGAUCGAGCAGGCGAUCACAUCACACGGCGAGGUCGCCGAGGCGUGCGUGGUUGGGCUGCCGGACGCGGUCAAGGGCCAUGUGCCGUUCGCGUUUGUGACGCUGUCGACGCACCCGCACCCGGGCGCGGCCAGGCCUGCAGCGCGGCUGUUCAGGGAGGUGCAGGGCUCGGUUCGGGCAGCGAUCGGGCCAGUUGCCAGUCUCGGCGGGAUGAUCCAAGGCAAGGGCAUGAUCCCCAAGACGCGGAGCGGCAAGACGCUGCGGCGCGUGCUGCGCGAGUUGGUGGAGGAGGAGGUGGUGAGGAAGAGCGGCGGCGGGGUGGAACGGGCUAUGGAAGCGGACGAGGCUGACGCGGUCGCGACGGCGAGGGCCAAGAUCAGGGAGUACUUUUCAGCGCAGGAUGUGCAGCACGCGAAGCUGUAA